CAGGUCAGCUCUUGAAGAUGCAGAGGCAGAUAUCUCGGAUCUGGAGCAUAAGCUUGAAAAGCUGGUGAAGCUGUGCAAUAUCAUGGUAGAUGCAGGAAAGGCUUACAACAAUGCUUUCGGGUCUUUUAUAACAGGUACUAAUGAGAUUAUGAAGUACUUCAGAGGAGACGAUACUGUACAGGACUACCUCCUGAAAUUCAUGGGUGCCAUGAAUGAGACCAGAAAUUACCAAGCAAUACUUGAGGAUCAGGCAAUAAGAGCCGUCUCUAAAAGUCUGAGUACUUUCAUUAAAGGAGACUUGAAGAAGGUUAAGGAAGCAAAGCGAUUGUUUUACAAAAUCAGUGACGACUACGACAAUGCCUUACACAAGAACGCCCAGACUGUCAGGACUAAACCGCUGGAAGCGGAAGAAACUCUCAACGUCCUCACUGCAACUCGUUCAGCCUUUGGUCACACUGCACUGGAUUAUGUGUUUCAGAUCAACAUUGUCCAGUCCAAAGAGAGACAUGAAGUUCUCAACACGUUGCUGUCCUUCAUGCAUGCCCAGUUCACAUUCUUUCAUCAAGGUUAUGAUCUCCUGAAGGAUCUCAACCCAACCUUCAAGGAACUAGGCAAUAAGGUAUAACCACUUAUUUUAUUCAUGAA